AUGGACACGUCGUCAACCCUCGCGACGAGCGCCACCCCGACAAUUCCCGCCGAACAGCUUGCCGCACUUACAUCGCUGCUGUCGGGACUCACCGCUGCCGCUUCCGGCACUACCGCACCCGCCACGACAUCCGGCUCCAAUCGCAAUGCCUUCCCGAAGCAUGCGCGGUUGGACGGGCCGAAGACGUUCGCGAACUGGACACGCCAGCUUCGCCUGUGCCUAGCGGACGACAUCCGCUCCUACGUCCUCGACGGAAUCACCCCCGACGAUUGGACGCCUUCGCAACGCUCCGCCCGCGACGUCGUGGCACGCGAGAUCCUUGCAAACUCAAUCGACUCGGCCGAAGUCUCGGCAGUCCUCGACAAGAUCCCUACGGCCGACCUCACAGCGCCCAAGAUUUACUCGACGCUGAAAUCGCGAUACGCCCCUGAUGACGCCACUCGCACGCUCGAGCUCUUCUCGCGACUCUGGGGCUUCCGACCCAUGCCCGGAACGGUUGGCGAAUUUGACAGUUGGAUCAUGGACUUCAAGUCGGUCGCGCAAGAGAUCAUCGAUACGAAAACGACGAUCAACGACGUCCUUGCCACACUCCUCCUCGCGAUCGCCCACCCGUCACUCGAGAGCUUCAAGGCAACGUUCACCGACGAACAACGCACGCAACGAACUCUCCCUGACAUCGAUUCAGUGGCCGACCGUAUGCGAGUUCAACUCCGGUCAACGAACCUCUCCAACGAUCAAUCGGCCCUCCUUGCCUCGUCGUCGCCACGUUCUACCCGUACCAAGUGCCUCGCCUGUCGCAGCUCUUCUCACCGCGUCGCACAAUGCCCUACAAGGGCCCAGCAUCCACCGCCAGGCCCGUGUCGCUCCUGCAAGAAGAAGGACCACUGGUCUUUCGACUGCAAAAAGACUCUUGAGGACGGGAAAACGCCCGACACCUCUGAUGCGCAACACCAUGUCGGAUGUCUCGCCACCGGUCUUCUCGCACAUCGUCGUCAGCUUCGCAACAACUCCUUCGUCGUCGACUCGGGUGCCACUUCGCACAUGGUCUCGGACAAGUCGCUGUUCACGGCCUAUCGCCACAUCGCUCCUACGAAGAUUGGUGGUAUUGCAGGGGGCAUCAACGCCGUCGGAACGGGAAACAUCGCCUUUGUUGCCGCCUCCGGUCACCCGAUCACGCUUACCGGCGUGCUGCACACCCCGGGCCUGUCUGUCAACCUCCUCUCGGUCUCUCGACUUUGCGACACCGACGAUGUCCGUGUCGCCUUCACGAAGCACGGCAUCCAUAUCGACAAGAACGGCAAUGCUAUCGCUGAAGGCGCAAGACUCGAGGAAGGGCUCUACUUGCUGGACGCUGAUCAUUCCAAAUGUCAGCAUCUCGCUCUCCUCUCUCGCUCACAGUCUUCCGUGCCCCUGCUGACCCUUCACCGCUGCCUCGGCCAUCUCGCACCGUCGUCCAUACAGAAGAUGGUUGCCGCUGGUUUGCUGGAAGGUCUCGGGGCCGGAUAUAGUGACGAAGAGGUAGAGAAGUUUGUCUGCAAUGCUUGCCUCAGUGCAAAGGGCCAUCGUCUUCCUUUUCCCGAUUCGGACUCGCACUCCUCAGAGAGACUCGGCCUCGUACACAGCGAUGUGCUUUCCUUUCCCGAGUCGUCCUUGACUGGCAAGCGUUACCUGGUCACGUUUCUUGACGACUUCUCGCGCAAACUGUGGGCAUACGCGAUCGGACACAAAAGCGAAGUCUUUGGCGUGUUCAAGACAUGGCUUGCCGAGGUCGAACUCGAGACGGGUGCAAAACUGAAGGUCCUCCGAACCGACAAUGGUGGCGAAUACUGUUCGAGAGCGUUCACGGAAUUCUGUAAGGCACGCGGCACACGUCGACAAUACUCUAUCCCUCGAACGCCUCAACAGAACGGUCGUGCCGAACGAGUCAAUCGUUCUAUCGUCGAAGGUGUCCUUGCCCUCCUUGCAGACGCCCACUUACCCAAAUCAUUCUGGGAGGAGGCAGCAGCUUAUUUCGUCUACUGCAAGAACCUGUGCGAACACUCGGCCCUGGACAAGGCAACACCGAACUUCGCCUGGCAGGGCGACCGCACCAACGCCUCGGCGCUUCACCCGUUCGGCUGCACGGCUUGGCUCACAGUCGCGCCUGAACUUCGCUCGAAACUCGACCCGAAAGCGGUUCGCGUUCUCUUCACCGGCUAUGACCUGGCUUCUAAAGCCUUCCGUUUCUACGACACGACGACCAAGAAGAUCAGUUUGGGCAGAAAUGCCAGGUUCCUCGACAACGAAUUUCCCGGGUUACGUAGCGACUCCACCGAGCAAGACGCCGACACGCACUUCGCCAGCGCUUGCCCGACCACCGAAUCCCAAGCCGUUGUCAAGACAUGGACCCCACUAGUAAGGUCGGCGCACAUGGACGUCUCAUCCUCUCUUGAUGACUCUGCCAUGAGCGCCGUUGACGUGGCCCCAGGGUACACUGGCGGAACCUUACUUAAUUCCACAGAUGCCGAAUCGUCCUCGUCACCGUCGCCCGCAACCCCCUUGUCACCGUCGCCUGCGCUGUCACCGUCGUUGGCUGCGUCAUCGUCACCCUCGGCCUUACCGACCGACUCUGACUACUCCGCCGACCCUCUGGACCUCAUCGGCUCACAGACCCCGACUCGCCUCGGCCCACCGGACGUGCACCGCCCAGACUUCAGCACGUACCGUGAGCCCGCAUCGGCUGAGGAGUCGCCCGACGAACUCGACAUCAUUGGGCGCCACUCGCGCGAUGAAUCGCCGGACGAAAUCGAUUUCCUCACCCAACACCACCGCGCCUUCAUCGCCACCGACGACGACAACUCUGACACAGAAGCCAUUCAACCAGUCAAGUCCAUCACCAGCGACCCACAGACAUGGCGCGAGGCAAUGUCGAGUGACAAGCGCGAAGUGUGGGCCAAGGCCGCUACCGACGAGUUCAAUUCCAUGCGCGACGACUUCAAGGUCUUCACCAUCGAGGACCGAUCCACGGUACCAGCGGGUGCGACCAUCGUCACAUCCAAGUUCGUCUGGAAAACGAAACGGAAUGCACUCGGCGAAGUCACCGGCCACAAGGCACGGCUCGUGGCGCAGGGAAAUCGGCAACGCGACGGCAUCGACUUCAACGAAACCUUCGCACCAGUCGCACGCUUCUCCUCGAUACGCUCACUCCUCGCGCUGGCGGCCGCCAACGGCUUGCACGUGCACCAGGUAUUCGAUCAACUCUACUACGUCAGCGAUGUAGUUAUAGCCAAGAGUGAUAAAUGCAUUUCAACAUACCUAUUCGAUCAACUCUACUACGUCAGCGAUGUAGUUAUAGCCAAGAGUGAUGAAUAG